AUGAAAGAAGGAAGCAGGGGCAUCUGCUUGUUAAAUUUCAGAUUUAUUGCAGAAAUAAGCCGUGUUUUGAAACCUGGAGGGAUAUUUGUUGCCACAACGUACAUAGUAGACGGUCCCCUUUCAUGUAUUUCGCUACGUGCCCCUAUGCGUCAGGUGCAGAGUGUUGCACAAGUGUCAGGCAGUCGUGUAUUUUUAAGCGAGGCAGAACUCGAGGGCCUGUGUACGUCUAGCGGAUUUGUGAACUUCACUUGCUUCAGAAAUAGACUGUUUGUGAUGAUCUCAGCCAUGAAACCUGUACAGUCAUAA